AUGUAUUUUAUCGCUUCAUCUGGGGCUAGGCCUGUUUCCGAAAGGCUAAGCAAGAUCAUGCGACUAAGACAACGAAGACGCGCCAAUGGGACAAGAGUUCCUUCCAUAGCAUCAAGAUCUCAAGUGUCUCAACACACUUCAAGACACACAGCGAGCUGCGAUGUUUCUCUCCUUUACAAAAACGGGUGGUUUUUAGCUGUCUAUAAUGACGGCAAUAUCAAUGGAACUUCUGAUGCUCAGAGCCCAGACAGUAAGUCAACAUGUUACGUUUAUGUUGCUUUGUAGUUAUAUUGUUGUCUCAGCGUUCUGCUUAGAAUGACUAAAAUAUUCCACUUUUAGCUCCAUUGCAAUAUAGAAAAUUAAACUGAACAUUUACGACUAAAGAUGUCUCUUUGCGUAUGUUAAUAUGUUGUGCUCGGACAAUAGGCCUCCGCAACUCAAUAACUUACAAUACAGCACUAGCCUCGUAAUCUUGAGCGCUUAGACAGAGUCAUGCCCUUCAUUUGUUAAUUAUUAUUUCUUGCAGUAAAGCUUCAACAGCGAUCAGUUGGGACGAGCUUGGUCCAACUUUUUUAG